UGAAGGCCAGAGACAGCAAACCCCUCUAUCGCUGAAACCCUCCAAACGCUUACCGCAAUGGGCAGGAAACCCUCGGCUUCCGCCGCCGCCGCCGCUGCCGCUGCGGCUGCCGACCACGACUCCACCGUUGCCAGCGCCAAGGCCGCCGAACUCCUAGCAGCAGCCGCUGACUGCGAGGGUAUCCAUGGGCACUCCAUGUUCUUCGACGCCCUUGUGCAGCUUAUACCCCCGCGUUUCUACCUCUCCGCCGACGAUGAUGUUCGCCCCUACUACCAGGGGCUCUCCAAGGCCGCCAAGGCGGCCAUGAAGGCUCAGUCCCGCGCCAAUAUCAAGGCUGCCCGCCGAGCCCGCCUCGACCCCGCGGGGCCGCCUUCCUCCACCCUGGACCUUCUCAAGAAGUCCGUCGCCGACCAAGAGGCGGAGGAGAAGAAGGAAGAGGAGGAGGAUAACUCACAAGACGGAAGCCAGGAGUCCGACGACGAUGCAACCUCAGAGGGUGGCGACGAUGACCAGGACAACGAGGAGGGAGAUUUAGAGGAGGAAGAGGAGGAGGCAGAGGAUGAGAAGGAGGAGAUGCAGAUGGCCCCAGCAGCAGUUGUUUCUGAAGACCGGUCGGUGACUUACGAGGAGCUGCGAGAGCGGCUUCAGCGCCGCAUUACAGAGCUCCGUGGGAACCGGUGCACCAGGCCAGAGUUCCUGAAUAAACCCCAGAAGGAGAAGGGUAAGAAGGGAAAGGGUGCUAAAGUGAAGGGGAAGGAGGAGGGUACAAAGCGGAAGCGUGAGGAUGGCACCGGGGAUGCGGAGGGUAAGGAUGGGAAGAAGCACAAGAAGGAAGGGGAAGAGAAGGCACCAGAUAUCAUAUAUGGCAAUGUGUUGGUUGAUCCAAAGGAAGCUAGGCGGAGGAAGAAGAGGAGGAUCAAGAACAAGAAGAAGGAGCUGGAACAGGCUAAGCGGAUGCAGAGGGCAAAGGAGGAUCCUAAAAAGGCCACCAAGAUGGCCUGGGAUGUGGCAACAAGGCGCGCGGCUGGGGAGAAGGUGCACGACAACCCCAAGUUGAUUAAAGAGAGCAUGAAGAAGGAUAAGAAGCGGCAGGAGAAGCACGCGGAGGAGUGGAAGGACAGGCAGAGGACAGUGGACAUCAAGAAGAAGCAGAAGCAGAAUAAGCGGAAGGAGAACAUCCAGGGGCGGGCACAGGAGAAGAAGGCGCGCAAAAUAGAGAAGCGUGAGAAGAAGCUUAUGCGCCCUGGUUUUGAGGGGCGCAAGGAAGGCUAUGUCAAUGAGUGACAUCUACAUUGAAGAUGAUGGUGACUGAGUACUGUAUCUGCUUUAUCUUUGCAAGGUUGCAUAUGUUGGUGUUGGUGUUGGUACUGGAAAUAGGUAUCCAGAUCUUGACUACCACACUUAAUUAUAGCUUGAAGGUUGAAUGUUUGGCAGGUCAUCUGGAAAAGAUUUUGAGAUAUUCCUUCUGCUGUAUUUUCAUUGAGCUUAGAUAAAUUUGUCGAAGAAAAAACUUCUGUGUGUGGCUUCAUAGUUAUCUCUAGCACUAGACCAACGAAAUAUUAAUGUUCUUUUAUGUCCACAGUCCGAGGAAAUGUUAAUGAUGCUUUAGUGGA